AUGCUGCCAGCGGCGCCAGGCUGGGCGCGCGGGAACUGCGAGCAGCCUGCAGGCGGCUCAGCGCCCCCAGAAAAUGCAAAAGACAUCAUCAUGAUAUAUGAAGGAGAUGCUGAGGAAUGGGCUCUGUACUUGAGCGAAGUUUUCUCACAUGUUGUGAAAAUGGAAGCAACCCUUUUAUAUUGCUUGGAGAAUUGCUCUCUUCGGGAUUUGGAAUUGCUGAAUUUAAACUCCUACAAGUGCAAACUUUUGAUAUUAUCAAAAAGCCUGCUUGAAAACCUAUCUCCAAAGAAAGGUCAAUUUCUGAAAAACAUACUUCAUUCACCAGAAAGUGUGGUCACUCUGCUGUGUGGGAUGAAGAGUUCAGAUCAACUCUACAAAUUAUUAAAUAUCUCUAAAAGCAGAUGGGAGAUCUCAACUGAGCAGGAGCCUGAAGACUACAUCUCUGUAAUUGAGAGUAUCAUAUUCGGAGGUUCUGCGGACUACCUGGAGAUCAUUAUUUCACCAGACCUAAGAAAGGAACAUUCUGGGCAAAUCAGUGAGAGAAAGGAAGUUGAAGAAUUAUCAGAAGCUUCAGGAAGCACUAUACCACAGGCAUUGGUGCUUCCUGCUGAGAUUCCAUGUGAGAAUCCUGGUGAAAUAUUUAUUAUUUUGAGAGAUGAAGUAACCAGUGAUGCUGUGGAGGUUGAAUUUACAUCAAAUAGUAAAUGCAUUAGAACACAGCCAGCCCUCUGGAGUAAAAGUGUCUGGAGUAUGAAAGCUUUAGAUUUUCCUGCUGGCUCUGUCAGUGUUGAUGUCUACUGUGAUGGAAUCAUUAAGGCCACAGCAGAGAUUAAAUACUACACAACCCCGAAGGCUAUGAAAUGCCUGUUGGGAGCGGCAGGUCCAAGAGAUGGUGUGAAUGACAUUGAUGAACUUGACGAUAUUCUCACAUCCACAUUCAAACAUGAGAUACCAUUCUAUGAAUUCCAAUCACUCCAAACUGAAAUCUGCCCUCAAAAAGAAUAUUCUUAUUUCAAAGAACUUCCAACUCUUCUCCACUGUGCAGCAAAAUUUGGGUUAAAGAACUUGGCUGUUCAUUUGCUUCAAUGUUCAGGAGCAACCAGGGCAUCUAAGAUAAAAAAUUCGGAAGGUUCAGAUCCAGCACAUAUUGCUGAAAGGCAUGGUCACGAAGAACUCAAGAAAAUCUUUGAAGACUUUUCAGUCCAAGAAGUUAGCAAAGAUAAUGAGCAAGAAAGUCACCAUGAAGAGGGUAUUACCUCAUUUUCUACAUGUUCUCCUACCAUACAGAGCCCAGCUCUCCACCACAAAAGCUGGCCUUACAGGCAGACGGCAGAAGAAGCCAAAGUGAAAGAAAUGGCAGAGGAAGAAAAAGAGCAUGAAUCGGGCAUGGAGGCAGAGCACAGCCCUCCAGAGGCUGACAGUGACAGUGAGAACCAGUACGAUGACUUGUAUGUGUUCAUUCCUGGAGACAACCCUGAAAAUAAUUCCCAAGAGCCCCUCGUGUGUCCCAGACCACCUCUCCCCCCUCCACGACCUGUAACCACUGCCUUCCAACUGGAAAAACCUCACUUCCCAGUACAAGGGAAACUGUUGGAAGGCCAAAUGGAAAGAAGUCAAAGUUGGUGUGAUUUCAGUGCAAGAUAUGAAACAGGAAGUGAUUCCGAAGAAGAGAAGAAAGAAGAUGAAAAGGAUCAGGAAGAGGAGGAAGACCCAUACACUUUUGCUGAGAUUGAUGACAGUGAAUAUGACACAAUACUGGCCAAUAGGAGUAUAAAGAAAAAAAUUGGAAGUCGUUCAUUCAUUAUGAACAGACCUCCUGCCCCCACACCACGACCCACAAAUAUCCCUCCGAAAGAGGAAACUACACCUUACAUAGCGCAAGUCUUUCAACAAAAGGCUGCCAGAAGACAAUCUGAUAGUGACAAGUUCCAUGGUCCUAAGAAACAAGACAGAGGUCGGAUGGAGAGUCAGACCUUCUCCACCGUAAGGGACUGCCUCGCUGCGGGGCAGGAGGAACUCAUCCUGCUGCAGGAGAAAGUCAAGACUGGGAAACUCUCUGUGGAUGAAGCCCUGGAGAAGUUUAAACACUGGCAGAUGGGAAAGACUGGCCUGGAGCUAAUUCAGCGGGAAAAACUACGCCAACUACGAGAUUGCAUUGUUGGGAAAAGGCCGGAAGAAGAAAAUGUCUACAAUAAGCUCACCAUUGUGCACCAUCCAAAUGGUAACGAAAGUGCCCACAGUGAAAGUAUGUUAUAUAACAUACCCUUUGGCAGUAAGCUUCCUGUUCGACCCCAGGUGGAAAAAGAUUUUGGUUUCUGUUGCAGGAAAGAUCACUAA